CUCCUCCUUGCGUCUCUCGUUUCAAGGGUCGUUGUCCUGUUAUUUAUUUGAAGCUUGUAUUCUUCUUAUUAAUUGAUUGUUUAAAAUGUACUUGUUCGUAAUUUUUUUUACGUAUUCGUUGUUAAUGUUGUUUUAAUCUUCUUAUCUAUAACCUGCAAUUGUCUGACCUGUAGGUUUGCAAUCAAAUAUUUACUGGAGAAAAUGCAGACUUUUGGGGAGGGGGUAAAGGAUGAUCCUAAACAGAUAAUUUCCUUCCAUUAAUUUACUUAAAGGGGGACAGUCAGUUAACUACGACGACUACUGUCGCUGCUGCAGCUGUUGUUAGUGAUAGUUUUUCCCUCUGAGCACGUCUUUGAUAUGAAAGCACGUUUACGAGUUAUAAUUGCAUGGGUGCACGUUGGCUUAAGGAUAAAAAGACGCAUUUCGAGAACAUGUAAAUUAGGGUAAUAGCUGGUGGAAAAUAAACCUGCUCACACCGUUAGAGUUGCUUGCAACUAAGCGGUAAUUCUAAUAAAGCAGGAAAUGUAACCCAGUACAGGCGCUGACAGUGUCGCUCGGAUUGCGCGAUCGAUCGGACGGCAGGCAGAGCCGCGCAUGCCCAGUGCCCCGGGCUGCCGAGACCUGGACGCUCCGGAUCGGGAGCGCAGAGGAAAAUGAGAAGACCGCCGCGGCAGGGGAGAGCCAGGCUGCCGGAGUAUCGUCAGGCUUUGCCCAGGCAGGAGAGGAAUGGUCCACCGCUGCUGGUGGUGCUGACGUUCAUUCCUGAGGCUUUGCCCGCACCGCCGCGUCGGAGCUCGGUUUUCUAAAUCUUUGCGGCAUUGUAGCGGAGAACCUGUCCGGCGCCUUAGAAAUUCGCCAUGCCUCCCGGACAGGAGCAGCAAGCCAAUGGAAUAAGUCUGUCAGCCACAGCUGGUAUGUACAAGCGAGUAAAGAGAAACUCCAUCAUGGUGACAGUGUCCCUCCUCAUCGUGUCCCUGCUGAUUCUGACCAUAGGACUGGCGGCCACCACCCGGACGCAGAACGUCACCGUGGGAGGCUACUAUCCCGGUGUCAUCCUCGGAUUCGGAUCGUUUCUUGGGAUCAUUGGAGCCCACCUGAUCGAUAACAAAAGGCAGAUGCUGGUGGCCUCCAUUGUGUUCAUCAGCUUCGGGGUGGUGGCUGCCUUCUGCUGUGCCAUUGUGGACGGUGUGUUUGCUGCGAGGCACAUUGAUCUGAGGCCUCUGUAUGCUGGAAGAUGCAAAUACUACUCUAGUGUUACAUCUAUUGAUGACCAAGAGGUGCCCUGCCAAACUGCUUCGCGGGGAUCCUGCAGCCUGCGUGUGAAGAGCAACACCUGCUACUGCUGUGACCUGUACAACUGCGGCAACCGCAUGGAGGUGAUGGGCGGCUACCACGAGUACAUGGACGUGCGGAGCUGUCAGGACGUGGUGCAUCUUUACCAUUUGCUGUGGUCGGCCACAAUACUAAAUAUAGUGGCUCUGUUUCUUGGAGUUGUCACUGCUGCAGUGCUGGGGGGAUUUAAAGACAUGACUCCCAGCUCUGGCCCAGAUAGCUAUGAGCCAGACCCUCACCCCCCUCGGGAUUCCUGUGAGCCCCCACCUCCGGUGGCCUCCUACAGCUCCUACUACAACAGCGCCCCCUGCCUGCCGCCCUACACUGCCUACGACCUGCAGGGCUCCAGCAUGUUCCCGGACUCCUCCGGCCUCUCCGAUGACUCGCAGUCUGCGGCCAGCUACAUGUGGCCCACCCAGAUUCCCCCUCGCUACUCGCCUCCGUAUUACCCCCCCGACGAGAAGCCCCCUCCCUACAGCCCCUGAGUGCGGAGGGGGAGGAGGGGGUCACCCUUCCGGCAUCUCGCAAACUCUGGGGGAGAUGGAGGAGAAGAACUGGAGGGGGUGGGGGUAAACUCCCAGUUUACAGCAGAAGGGAUGGGAGACCUCUCUUUGCAGCCUGGUCAUAAAGACACUGUGAAUCCUCCUGUUUGUGCUCCACAGGAGCGGAACUUUUUUUAUCGACAGGAUUUUUGCCAACUUUACAUCGCUUCAUGCUUCUGCUGCAUCCGAAAGAAUGGAUUUCGCUCAUUGGUUCUUUCUAGCAGUGUUGCCCCUGCUGCUUUUACAUCGGAAGGAGAAGGAAAGGGGCUUCAGAACAGCUUUUAUUAUCCUACUUGACCGUAUGGCAUGGCCCAUACACAUCACUGCAGCACUGACUUAAGUUUCAGAUGACAAGGAGGAAGGGCACCAGAGGCAGUGGCCCAUUUAGACCGGCCUCUAGUGGUCACAAGUGGCACUUCGGACACUUCUGUCGACUCAACUCCAGGACUGUUUACAGCACCGUUUUGAUGAUGAACACGAGCUGGCUAGAACGUCCCUCCUGGGCUGUGCAGGAGCGUCAGCUGUAGCAUUUCCUAGAAAGAACUGCCUUGAUGUCUGCUGUACUGGAACUCUGCGUGUUUUCACUUAGUGGUCAACUGAAUCACCUUGUACUGAGAAUCAGUCUUUGAACACCCAAUCUUUACUUUGUAUAGCACGUUUUCCCCACGCUGAGCACCAUCUCAUGUUUCUAAUACGCUAUGAGGGAGUACCUGAGGUCUGUCAGUUGUAACCACUUGUGUGUGUUAAUGAUCCACCAUGUUUCAUUAGCAGUAGUCCGUGUCUUGGCAUCGUCUGGAAGAACGCACUGAAUAUACAAGCUCACCUUUGUUUUUUUACUUAUUACGAGGAGCAGUUAGAUAAAGAUCUCUUCACAUUUUUUAUCCAAGCCGUUGUGUGCAGAGCUAUGACAAUGCUGUAUGUGCUGUGAGUUACUGGAAAUUUGACUUACCUUUUUUUUUAAAUGACAGUCAUUCAGAAGGCUAGUGUAAAAGUGUAUAUGCAUUUUAAUUCGAAACCAUCAUUUAUAUAAAAAUGUUACAAGCUUUGUUGCUUGGAAAUACAUACCUACAUUCUUCAUGUUUAAGCUGAUAUUCUAUUUUGCAAUGAGAAAGACAGCAGUAUAACUAUUUAAUAUGAAUUUUUCCUGGAGGCAAACUGUCUGCCCCAGAGUAAAUGAAUCACAAGGGCAUUUUGCCCACAGUGGAAAUCAGAUUUAUUCCAUUUGCUGUGACUGGUGAAUGUUACCAGAACACAAUUUGCAGCUUACAGAGAGGAGCAGCUUGAUUUUCUGGUAGAUGACAGACAUAACACAGUCUGUGAUGUACAAUAAUGACAGAAAAUGGUCUUGUUCUGGUCAUUGUUGCUUAAUUAUUGUCUGUGAUAUAUCAUUAAUUUGCAGAUGAUCUGAAACAGCUCCCUAACAAAUAAAAAGCAAGAACCGCUGCCUGUUUUUGCAUCCCCACAAAUUUAGCUUUACCAUCAAACUUCCGCAGUGACAGCCUUGUUUAUACCUCCUGUAAGUAUAUCCAGACCACAGAACUGGAAGCAUUCAGCCUCCAGAAUCCUCAUUCGAACCUGAAAUACAGACAAUGGCUCCUGUUUCAACCCCUUCUGUUCAACACUGGCCUUCUCCACCCUCUGGCCUCUUGGUGUGUGUAUAGAUAGUAGGGGCAGAACUGCAAAUGAGCUUAUGAAUUUUCAUGAUCUUAAAAUUAAACUGUAAAUGAACGGGAAAGUUCCAGGGUGCCAGGAGCCACCACAGUCCCAUGGCCUUUAGGGCUGCAAGUAGUGUUUUGGUACAUUUGGAGAACAUGUAGCAUUUGGAGUUCCAGUUUGCCCUGUAAAGAUGUCUCAAUAACAUUGCGAGUCAAAAUGAAGAUUAAUAAAAGGUUGCCAUCUCUUUUUCUUGGGCAUGGCUUCCUGCCUCAGGAAUGGGAUGUAGGCUCAGUGGAGGCACACUCUUUCUGAAAAUCUGUGAUUUUCUUUCCCCUUUUUCAGUUAAUCCAAGACUGUCCUUCAAAUCUAAUUGAGACACUUCCAUUUAUUCUCACCUGGAUCGUUAACUGGUGGCUCAGUGUUUGCAGGUCUCUCUGGGGUUUAGAUCUUGUAGCCUCUCCAUGCAGUGUAGUAAAGUCUGGAUCACUUUACUACAGCAGGACAGAACCAAGUAAACCAGCACACCAGCACGGCUGCCACUUGUCUUCCUCUGGUUCAUGACCAUCCAACACGCUGUUGUUUCUGAAACUGGUAAUUGACCUAAACACAGGACACGCACUCUUCCUGGAACACCACAAACAGAAGAACGAGAUUGCACUUUACAAGACCAUCCUUCUGCUUUGUCACCCAUUUGACCACCCACUGAGCAUCAGCCAGGGUGACCACUUCUCCAGCGAUGUGGGACAGAGUGCAUGCAAGUGUGCUGGCGGAUGGCCAGGGGUGUACUACUGUUCUGUUUUUAUAAAUGCUUUCUCGUGCAUAUUAGGUAAUACAUGCCAAUAAAAAACAGGCCACUUUUAUAUGGUUCCUGCCUGGGCAGAUCACUGAAAUUAACAUAAAAACCCAGGAUGAUCAUAGCUGAACUGCACUGUCCAGUUAACCCAGCAUUUUCCCGUCAGGUCAGGAGAGCCGGCCUGUGUUCAGAUUCGGGCAGAACUGAACUGGUCAGGGUCCACUCUAGCACUGGAGGUAGAGCUGAAGGGGGCUUGAGCGUCAGGAUGAUAGCUGCCCACCCGAGUCAUGGCCAGAACCCCGCCCUUUCUUGCUCUUUCACAACCAGAGACACCAGCCUACCACCAGCAACCUGGAGACAGACACACACAAGAAUAUUCCUCUUCAUAAAGGUUUAUUUCCAUUCUGGACAGAACUAAGAGCUAUAAAUAAGGUUUCAAAAUAUGAAAAAAACAAGUUAAGAAAAGGCUUUAGUACAGUUAUUUACAUUUAAUAGUUAUUUAAAGUUUUUUUAAAGUAUUUUUUUUUGGAGGGGGGGGGAAUGGAGUAGCACUGCUCAAACAUUCGAUCUUCAAGAGCUACUGGGAUGGUAUAAAGAAUUAGUCUACAAAAAAAUGACUCACCAGUGGCUCCUACUGGCCAGCGUAAAAGUAACCACAUCCCCAAAAACAGGUCAAAAGAAAAAUUGGCAAUAGCAAACAACACUACGAGGUAACACACUGUACACUGAGUGCAUAGCUGAUAUGAUCAGUUAAGCACUCAGCUGAGAUCUUAACAGCACAUCGGCCUUUGGGAAAAAAUGUAAUUCAGAGUUUCUAUGACGCAAAUUGAACACACGGAUAAUAGCAGGUCUCCUCUACAAUGUACAGCAGAGGCACUCAGCAGACUGUCCUGUAUGAUCAGCAUAAAAAUAUAGAAUACUAGUGGAUUCCAGGGCACCACAGGAACAAUACUGUGUGUUGGUAAAUGAAGGCUUAUAUUUAUUGGAAUGUUUAUCGCUACAUUUACUGGAUGUUGUUAUUGACACUUUUUUAAUUGCAAAUUGUUGAUUGACUAGAAAACAAAUAAAAGUGAAAACAGACCAAUAGGAUGGUGAGCAUGCUCAGAAUAAAGUUUCUGGAACAUCACACCAAAGGGCCCCUCAUCCUGAA